GUUAGUAAAUUAUAUAAAAGAUGUCUUUCCAGCUAUAUAAAAUAUAUUUUCGAAAAUAUUACAUAAUAUAAGUGCAUUCCUUCAUGUGUUUCCUUCAUAAUGCGCAUGAUGCAUCAUUUACCCUUAUAUUGUUGAGUCAUUUCUGCUGUUGAAUAAAAUCCGAGGUAGACAUUUAGCAAACAAAAGAAGAGAGUAAAUUAUCUUCUUCAAAAAGAUUAAUGUGUAAAAUACUAUUGAUAAGUAAAUAUAACAAAAUGUAAGUAAUAAUCAAAUGUAAGUUAAGCGUUCGUCUCAUACAAGAAUAAUGGAGGAUUAAUAUUUGACGUACAUGAUAAAUAAACAUAUAAUUAUUCAGAUUAAAUAACAUUUUUCAGUUAAUAAAACUCAAAUUAUUUGAAAGUGAUUACUAUUAAAAAAAUUUUUUUUAAAUAAGAAUUGAAUAUUUUGGUCAAAAUGGUAGAACAAUGAGAUUUUGCAAACACGUAACAGUAAAUUAAUGAUGUUGUAGAGAUUGGAAACAGGAUAAAUUAUGCAUUCUGCGGGCAUGACAUUUGAAAACGGAACAUAAUCAGCGUAAUAUUGACAUUUGAUAACGAUUAAGAGAUAUACAGUGAAAGUCUUUUCCUAACGCUGUUUAUUAUUUAGUAAGCAAUAAAUUUUUUUGUCUUUUGACUCUUUUACUCUAUUUUAAUAUUUUUCAGUAAUUCUUUGGAUUUCUCCCUUCGCAAAAUUGUGACUUUUGGUAUUACGACGCAUCAUGAUUGAUAAACUUAAUAAUUCUGUUUAUCUUAAGUCUAAAUUUUCAUAAUUUGCGUGACACAAAUACAUUUCAGCAUACUAUUGUAACAUUACUUUUUUAAGUGUAUCGUUACCUAAUUAAAAUUUAGUCGAAAGGAUAUUUCCUCCAUUUAUUCUAUACUUAAAAAUUAAGUCGCAUUUCCAGAAAUGCAAUAAUAUCAAAUAGCUUUCAUAGAGUUCAAUUAUAUGGUUGCAUUAUGUAUUACACAGUAGAGGAAGGUCAUCAAUAUUGACAUAGGCCUUCUAUAAUUUGCCAAAAUUGUUCUUGGAAUAUUCCUUAGAAUAUCGUAGAUGUUUAUUAAGCGUUAUCAAUUCAUCCUUCAUAAGAGAAAACAGUCGAUGUAUUCAUCACACCACCGCGUCGCAGAUAAAAACUCGUGUAUUUAAGAGCUAACAGUUUUAUCUGUUACACUAAAUUUUUAACUUUUAUCGUGCUAUCAGCGAGGGUUUAUUCGAGAAUAGUCAGUCGUUUGUUAAUGAUCGAGACGAGUAGAAGUGGACGAGUCAUUCGGAAGAUUGCAACGAUACAUUUCUUAACGCAAUAGGAUGACAGCAUACGUUUGUAUUGAAGAUUACGAAAAGUAUGCUCUGGAACAUUUACCUGCUUCCGUGAGAGAUUACUACAAGAGCGGGGCAGGAGAAGAAUAUAGUGUAAAAUGGAAUAGGGAAGCUUUCAAAAAUUAUAAGAUACGUCCCAGAUUCUUGCGAAACGUGUCCAAAAGGGAUAUAAGCACGACGGUAUUGGGUCAUAAGAUCUCAAUGCCCCUGGGAGUUGCGCCUACGGCGAUGCAACGUAUGGCACAUCCUGAUGGCGAAUGCGCCAAUGCAAAGGCUGCUCAAGCGGCGGGAACAAUUUUUAUUCUUUCAACAAUAGCUACAAGUAGUAUAGAGGAAGUGGCAGAAGCUGCACCAAAAGCUAUAAAAUGGUUUCAGCUUUAUAUUUAUACUGACAGAAAUGUUACCUUAAAUUUAAUAAGACGCGCUGAACGUGCUGAUUUCAAAGCGCUGGUUCUCACCAUUGACGCGCCAUUCUUUGGCGACAGACGCGCCGAUUUGAGAAAUAAUUUUGCAUUGCCCAACCACUUGAGAUUCGCAAAUUUCCAAGGUGAUUUAUCGAAGCGAGUAAAUACCGCGAAAACUGGCUCUGGCCUUAACGAAUAUGUUACUGCACUGUUCGAUCCAUCGCUCUCCUGGGAUGACGUAAAGUGGCUUAGAAGUAUUACAACGCUACCAAUAAUUCUUAAAGGGAUAUUGACAGUAGAGGAUGCACGUUUAGCCGUAGAAACUGGAGUCGAUGGUAUCAUAGUAUCAAAUCAUGGUGCGCGUCAAAUAGAUAGCGUUCCAGCGUCGAUUGAAGUUUUGCCUGAAAUAAGCAAAGCCGUAGGAGAUAAAAUUGAAGUCUACAUGGACGGUGGAGUUACGCAAGGUAUCGAUGUGUUAAAAGCUUUGGCAUUAGGUGCAAAAAUGGUAUUCUUAGGCAGACCGAUGCUAUGGGGCUUGGUACAUAGUGGCGAGAAAGGUGCUAGAGAGAUUCUUGAAAUUAUGAGAAAAGAAAUUGAUCUAGCAUUCGCAUUAAGUGGUUGCUCGUCCGUAAAAGAUGUUACACACGAUAUGGUGAUUCAUGCAUCCUACUAUAGUCAUUUAUGAAAAUAGAUUUCACAUCAAGCACAUUGUCAUAAAUAUGUAAAUAUAUACUAAGAUAUCAGCAAUCUCUUGUUCUACAGAAAAUUUUGUAUCUUACUAAAAAAUGUACCGAACACUAAGAUCGUAUUAAGAAAAUUAUUAUUUGUUUCAUUUAUAUAGUUUCUAUAUUGAAGAAACGUAACACAUAUACAUUUGUUCAUUGGUUUACAUUUUUCUAUUUAAUUUUUAGUAUAGAUUCAAUAGUUUAAAUGACAAAUUUCAAAUAACUUUGCGAGUUUGUGGUAUUGUUAUAAAAAUUUUCACAUUUGUAUUGUAUAUAUUAGUUUUAUUCUUCUCCCUGAAACGAGUUACAAUAAUUCUCUUUACAUUUCUUUUAUUUAUAAUUUUCAUUCUUCAACUAAUUAAUUUGUUAUAAGUCGAAGUAUACAGGGAUCAAACCUGCUAACUAUAAAUUGUUCUUAUAUAAUUACGUGUAAUCUAUCUUUGUACUGUUUGCCCAAAUUAAUAAUUAUUUGGAUUAAACGGACUUGAGAACAACUAAUUUUGUUGCAUUUCGCACUAUUACACAUAUUGUUAAGUUGAUAUAGUAAUUUUUCUCUUUAUUUAUCAUAAAAAA